CAGCAGCACCGCAUUUCAUUUUCAUCCAAGCAACUGAAUCGAAAAGCGUUGGGCUGUCUCAUCGGGAGAAGCCGGUUCGUCGUGUUUCGUGCGGGUUUUUGGGGUUUUGGCAGCGUCCAUCGGGCUGCUUCGUGGUUUCCGUUGAUUCUUGUUUGUGUGAAGUUUCGGUUUUCUUCCUAGUCCAUCUCAGAGAUCCAAGGCAUUCCAACCAUGGAUAGCGACUAUUCUGGUGGCGGACGUUCGUUCGGCCGCGGCGGCGGCUUCCAGGGUACGCCGACCCGGGAUGAGAAGUCGGGUGGAUUCCGGCUGCAUGUCGGCGGCAUCGCCGACGGGGUGAGCGAAGAGCAGGUCCGUCAGACCUUCCAGAAGGUGGGCAACGUCAAGGACCUGUGGAUGUCCACUAACAGCGACUCGCCGCGUUUCGGCUUUGUGGUCUUCGAGGACCAGGGUGAUGCGGAGAACGCCAUCAGCAAUGUCAGCGGGCAGGAGCUGGGCGGAUCCGAGCUGCGUGUGGCCUGGGCCAAGCCGCGUGAUCAGCGUAGCGGCGGGGGACGUCGUGGAGGAUACGGCGGUGGCGGUGGCUACGGAGGCGGCGGUGGGUAUGGUGGUGGCGGCGGAGGAUACGGAGGCCGCAGUGGAGGUUACGGUGGCGGAGGGGGCGGCGGCGGCGGCGACCGCUCGUGCUACAAAUGCGGCCAGUCGGCAUAUUUCCGCAACUGUCCGGAGAACGACGGCGGUGGCCGUGGCGGUUAUUAGAGGACCCCCUUCUUCUUCAUCCAGGCAUCCUCCCCCAUCGUAUCAUCCGUGUUUAAGCUCGUGGGUCGUUUUUUAACUUCCAUUAUAUUUUUUUGAUAAUAAUGUCCGUUUAGCGCUUUAUUUUCGAGCUGAAGAAUUCCUCUCGUAGUACGUGUGCGUGUUUGUACGAAGCCGCACCGGUUGUUUGUUACGUAUAGAAUUUCCGUUUUCCGGCCUUGACCAAAAAAGAGAAAUCUUCUCUCUCCGCGGUGGGUGGGAGACGUGUUUCUGCGCGCACAAAUGAUUCUUGGCGACAUGGUUGUUUGUUACGUCUGUGGAAAAACGCGCUCCUUAUUGCGCUGUGUGUAGCUCGGAGAUAUGAUGUUUUUGACGAAUACGUGGCGGUUUUCUCUUUUUGUCCGAACGCAGUUUUGAGUCUUGGUGUACAGAGGAGCUCGGUUUAACUUAGUAUUAUUCUCUCUUCUUCGAUAAAGUCCAGUUCUUGUG